ACCAAGGUAAGGAAUUCAGAAUCCCUUCUGGUUUUUUCUCUUCUACUUCCUCAUCUUCUCUCCUCCACACCUCGCAUCUCGCAGUAUUCUCUUCCCUCUUCGGCCCCUGUCCUGCGGGUUUUUCUUCUUCUUCCUACAGACAUACACUCCUCACCCCGCCAUCCACCCACAGUGCCACUGGAUUUCUAUUGGAACUUGGAAUCUUGCACCACUGUGCCACCCCGUCACCCCGUUUUUGUCAGCAAUAUCCCCAGCACAAGCCCAGCCCAGCGGCGCCAGAUUGUCUCACCACACACGUACCGUCCGUCCACCCCCAAAAAAGAAGCCAAAGGCCUACGCAGUAAGAGAGGGGGCGGAAUUUGCGGGGUUCCUCCAGCACAACGAUCCAACGAGCGUCUUUGUACGCCAACCUUGAACCUCCACCAACAAAUCACGACCCCAGAGCGACCACUCCUCUCUCUCUCACUCACACAUACAUACCCUCUCUCUUUGAAUCCUCUCCUACCCGUACCCGUGCUCGUACCGUACCGUACCUUACUCUUUAGUACCGUACCUACCUGUGCAUUAUCUACCGCACCCCCAAAAACACCAAACAACAAUCUUUAUUCCUCGCCCCGCCUCGACUCGCUUCGCCUCACCCCGAAGGCUCACCCAAACCUCACCUCACCACCUCGCAUUCUCUCGACGGCACUCUCCUCACCUUCGAUCGCACGCACCAUCAAUCACCCCGACUUUGACUUCUCAACACCCAUUUUCAUCGUCACUAGUCCGAUUCGCCAUCUGCGCGCUCGGCAAUAA